GACUUCAAACCGCGAAUGUUGUUCAGCAUAAAGCAUUUAAAAUAAAAGUAUCAAAAUUAGACAAAAUAACAAACACUGAAACGGUGAAUUGCUAACGAAUAUUAUCCAUCAAGUAACAACCAUCGAACAUACUUCAUAAUGGCUUUGCAAGGCUCAGUAGGCAAAGAUAAUUUGAAUAUUUCGUUUCGUUUGCAAAAGAAGGCUCAAUUCUUUAAUGUUUCUAAUGAUGAUUUUCAAAAUACAUCAUCUAACAUUGUGGCAAGUGCCAGUUGUCAUGGAUUAGUAUUCGCCGGAUCAACAAAUCCGGAAUUGAUUGUUUCGUUGUUAAAAGAUUUGGAGGCUGCAAAUGCAGAAGUUACUCCACCUCUUCGAAAAGUUCCUCUUCCUUCACGAACUAUUCAUAUUGCCACUAAUUGCGAUAGCUCAAUUCUAGCAGUUGCUGUAAAACUUAAUGGAGUUCCUCAUAUUCAACUUUACUCGGUCGCAUCUUUUCUGACACCGAAUAUUCAAAAAAUCAACGAAUUUCGUUUAUCGAAUGACAACUCUGACGCCAUUCAAUUAUGUUGGAAUCCUGUAUUAAAUUCAACUCUUGCUGUUUGUACAGAGAGCGGCCUUUUGAAUGUUUUCACUUUAAAGGAAUCUGGAUUCACCUUCUAUGGCAUUGAUCCAAAUCUGAAAGCAAAAUGUUGUUGUUGGUCACCAAAAGGAAAACAAAUUGUCGUCGGAUUCACUAAUGGAAUGUUGAAACAAUUUACGCCAGAAUUAAAAAUAGCGAAGACAAUCGAAUGUCCUGCUGGAGUCAUCAUGGCAGGAAGUUUCGAUACCAUUACAAUUCAAUGGUUAUCAACAUUUCAAUUUGCUGUCGCUUUCUUAGAACACAAGCAAGGCUCAAGACCAAUUUUUCAUAUCAUCAAUGCUCCAAAAGGCGCUCCACCUCAAUACAUUUCAUACAACGAUGUUUGUUACACAUCAUCAGAAACUCGUCCAAGCAAGAUUUACAUUCAACACAUCAUGCAGUGGAAUAUUUUAAUUGUUGCAUCUGCCAACGCGAUUGACAUCAGUUUCUUAAGAAUCACACAAACUGGCGAUCUUCCUAUUUGGUCACAAGAAUUUCCCAACGACGCUUAUCCAGCUGAACUUCCAUUAACACCAAACACAAGCGAAACUUUUCCCAUGUCUUUAGAGCUCGACAUUGGAUGCACUGGACGUUUAUUGCAAGAAGAUAUGAGUUCAUAUCCUGUCAUGCCAAUGCUUCAUAUCAUGUCAACUUACGGUGUUUUAUGUUCAUUUUAUAUUCUCAAUACUACACCUGAAUACGUCGACAUUUGUUCACCACCACGUCCUUUAAAUCCUGCAACUUUGUCAUUAUUUCAAGUCCCGCAGUUAUCAUCGACAACUCCCGAUCAAUUUCAAAAGAAUGAAAUACUAAAAACACCAGUCAAAGCUGAUGCAAUGUUUACGAAACCAAUUGGACAUUCAACGCCAACUGUGCCAAAGAUAAUGCCGAUGACAACUUCAAACAUGAAUCUUCCAAUAUUAGCAGCAGCACCAAUUGUUGCAACGACAACUCCGAAAUUAAAUAUUUCUUCUGUUUUUCAAAAUGUCACAGCUCCAGCGAUUAAUUUGACUUCUUCAUUAGCUAUGACAACAACAACAGCACCACCACCGCCACCAGCUACAACAACAUCAGUUUAUAAACCUCCAAGUGCUUUGAUAACUCUUCCACAAACAAUGCAAAUUCAACCUCAAGUUAAUCUUCAACAAAAACCAGACAUUAAUGUAAGUGCACAUGUUUCAACAGCAGAAGACGAUCAAAUCUAUAACCGAAUGAUUCAAGACGAGAUUCAAGCUUUUGAACUUGAAUUAAAGAGUGUGAUGGAACGUUCUAGGUCGUUAAAAACAAAUAUUGGUACAAGAGAAGAAUCAGCUGAAAUGAGAAAGAAUCUUGAAGCUUUGGAAGAAUUAAAUAAAGAAGCAACGGAAAAUAUCGGCUCAUUACGAAAUGAUGUUCAGUUGACACGUCUUGGCUUAACAGAAAUGUUUUCAAUGUUUUACGAAGCUCAAGCAAAACUCGAUCAAGCGACGAAUGAAAAAUCUUUGUUUAUGAAUUCAAAUCAAAUUCAAGAUCGAAAGACAAAACGUGCUGUUGAAAGAUUAAUGAAAGAAGUGUCACAAUGUGAGAUGCAUAUACAGAUUGCUGUCCAACUUAUGAAUGCACAAUGGGGAGAUUAUCAAGAUGCGAUUAAGAAGAAUAAGAAAAAUCGGAUGCACAAUCCAAAUUUAGAAGAACUUUAUCAAACACUGACGAAGCAACAAGAAAUUAUUUACCGUCAAAAUGACAAAUUAAAUUUGUUGAAAUCGAAACUUGGCUUGCGUGAUAACUUCACGAAACAAUCGCCAAGUUCUUCGACUUUAAAUCCAUCAUUUGAAGCGCUUUCUGAUUCAAUGAUUUCAAUGUCGAUUGCUGAUCAAGUCCAAAGUGAAACUGAAAAGUUGACAGUAAAGAAAAUAAAGAAUUUAAGGAAUUUACUUGCGAAUCGUGAGGUUGUGGUGAUCAAGCCGAAAAGGCCAGAACUUUUGGGAUUAAAUUCCGAAAUAAUUCAAGAAAAGAAAUUGAAGGCGAUGAAAGUGUUGAAAGAACGAAAAAUGGCAGAACAGAAACCAGUAAAAGUUGAAAAUAAAUCUCAAGACAAAAACCCAAUCAAAGUUCAAACAUCAACGAAUAUCGAAAAUAAAAAUCAAUUCAUGUUCGGUACGAAUGUUAAGAAAUCUGAAGAAAAAACAUCAACUUCAACUCCUACUUUCGGGUUCAGCAGCACUCAACUCGUAUCAAAUGUUGAAAAGAAGGAAGAACCACCAAAGUUCUUUGCAAGUCCCUUGAUUAAUACAGAAACGGAAAAUACAAAACCACAAUCGACAAUUUCCAGCACAAAUGUUGCAGUCUCAGCGACAUUUUCGAUUCCUUUAUCAAACAAAGUGGCAGCUCAGAAGCCACAAAAAAAUUUGUCAACAACUUUCACUUUGAAAGGAAAUUCAAGUGAAGAAAGUAAGGAUGAAACGCCAGUGGUGACUUUUAAAGCUCCUGUUGCAACACCACAACCUGUACCAUCAUUCAUGUCAAACACUUCGAUGGCUGGUGCUUCAAAAGGUUUCUCUUUCGCUUCAAAGCCUUUUGAAAUACAAAAUACAAGCAGCCCAGCUUUACCUACAUCGAAUCCGCUUUCAACAACAUCAAUCUUUGGUGGAACAGGAAAACCAUUGACAAGUUCAGGAAUUUCAUCAGGAUUUUCCCUGAAUUUAUCCACUGACUCAACAAAACCUAAAAUUUUACAGCCAACUGUUGAACCUUUCAAAACAGUUCAAAAUUCACCGCAAAACUUUUCCUUUUCUGCUUUGGCUUCAACCAUUGGAUCAUCAUCAGAUAAUGGAGCGAAAAGUAGUGGCUCUGAUUCUUUACUUUCUGUCAUUCAAUCGAAUAAUAAACCGAAUGAAACUACAAGUGCCUCUAAUACUUCAUCAAACAAUAUUUGUUCACCUGAGAUUGAAAAAAAAGUUGUUGCACAAUCACCGCCAGCGAAUAUUUUUGGUGGUUCAAGUCCUAAAACUGAAUCCAAGUCCAUAUUUAGUAGCGCUUCAUUUGGAUCAGCUUUGUCGAAUCCUUUGCAAACAUCAACAUUUGAAACUCAAGUAUCGACUUCAUCAACAACUUCAACUAUCUCAAAUGUUGGGACAACGAGUUCUUCCAGUGAUUCAACUGCUUCGAUUUUCGGAAGUUUAUCAUUAGCAAAACCUGAGACAACAAAACCGGCAGCUGCCACAUCACCUCCAAGUGGGCUUUUCUCAAGUUUGGUGAAACCUGAUCAAUCAGUUUUCUCACAAGUAACUUCAACAACAUCAACUACGUCAUCAGCUCCACCUUUUGGAUUCUUCUCCAACGCUGCAACAACUCAAAGUUCAAAUAUUUUCGGAAGUGCAUCGCCUAAAGUUACUCAACCGGGGAAUAUUUUUGGCGGUGCUGCUGCUCAACCAGCUUCGUCUGGUGGCAUUUUUGGAUCUGUUGAAGUUCCAUCAACACAAGCAAAUGUUUUAGGACAACAGAAAUCAUUGUUUGGAAGCAUUGAAAGUGCAAGUCCAUCAACGGGAUCGCUUUUCUCCCAAUCUUCAUUCUCUUCGCCAAGCACAACUCAAUCGUCGAGUAUUUUUGGAGCUGCCAAUAGCGCAACAACAAGUGCUUUUGGCGAUGGAUCUAUUUUUGGUGGAAAUCAGUCUUCAAAUCAGAGUUUAUUUUCGGGAUCUGCUUUGGGUCGAGGACAAAGUGGAGGUUCAAUUUUUGGUGGAACUCCUGCAGUUGCUGCACCAUCACCAUUCGGAUCGUCGAGUGUUUUUGGUGGAAGUUCUGCUUUUGGUGGUGGAUUAAGUAGCAAUAACACUCAAUCUGCCUUUGGAGCUAGUAGUUCAGUUUUCGGUCAACAAGCGCCGACAUUUGGCGGGCAAGCAACCUUCGGCAGUCCAAAGGGGAACAUUUUUGGACAACAAGCGAGUCCUACUCAAUCUAAUAAUCUGUUCGAGCAAUUAGGCUCACAAGAAAGUGGAAACUUAUUUGGCAGUUUAGCUCAGAAUACUCAACAAGUUCAGAAUCCUCCACCACAAUCAGGUUUUAGUGGAAGCGCAUUUUCAAGUUGGCGAUAA